CUGAAUAAUCGAGCGCUCCUCUCAGGUUCCGCAGCGUGACGGAGAAACUCGGAAGUCCGGAAACAGGAAAAAAAAAAAAAAAUCUCGGAGAAAGGAAAAAGUUAGAAACCCAGAAAAGAUGAGCCGGAUCUAUCAGAACACGUCUCUGCAGAACAAACCGGUCCACAACGAGAGGUUCGACCGUGUCUGGUCUCCGUCUGCGCACGAAAGUGGUCCAGGUGUGAUUUUAGAAGGGAAGCUGCUGGAUGUUUCCAGACACGCGAUCAGCGACGACACCAGUCAAAAGGUCCGUUUCUACGUGCUCUACAUCAAACCGAGCCGGAUCCAUCAGAGGAAGUUCGAUGCCAGCGGGAAGGAGAUCGAGCCGAACUUCAGUGACACCAAGAAGGUCAACACCGGUUUCCUCAUGUCCUCCUACAAGGUCGAAGCUAAAGGGGAGUCAGACCGUCUGUCUGAGGAGCAGCUGUCAACAAUGGUCAACAAAGCCGAGCUGGUGAAGAUAACGGACAAGUACCGACCCAGUGGGACCUGGGCCUUCUGGUACCCGGAGUCCGAGAUGGACAAAACGGAGCUGGAAACAGGACAGGAUGUCCGGCUGAAGACCAGAGGAAACAGUCCUUUCAUAUUCUCGUUAGCCAAAGUGGACGGCGGCACGGUGACCAAGUGUAACUUUGCCGGAGACGUAAAGGCCGGAGCGUCGUGGACGGACAAGAUCAUGGCCAACAAAGCCGACGGAGGCAGCGCUCAGAAGUCUGGAGGUGAAGGAGAAGGAGCAGACGAGGAUGAAUGGGACGAUUGAGGAAACCAUCACACAUCAGUGUUGGAAUCCUCCUCGGUUCUGGUCUUCAUGUUGAACCGCUUCAGCUUGGCUCCAUUCCUUUCUCUUUAGACUGGAUUCCAGCGUUUCACGCAUGUGGCCCUGAGGCUGGAAACCUUGCGUCACUUGUACAGUACGGGACUCUUCCAUGGUGCAGACUUUGAAACUUCACCCUCCUCGUGGGUACUUUGGAUUAGAUCCAUUACAUUCUUUGGUUUAUUCCUACACUCUGCUUGUUUUGUGCAUACUCUGCUAUUUUAUUUUAUACUUUAUUUUUUAAAGAAACAUAAAAAUACAACAAAUGUUGCCUACAGGUGAUUAUUCCUUCUUCUAAUUGAUAUAAUCUGUUCUAACUCAACUGAGGAAAACAACAUGGUGUUAUUUUGUACUGAAAAUUUUUACGUUUCAUGUCAAGUAAAGUUGGUUUUAGUUAUACGGAGUGCUUAAAUGUAGCAGUAUAACAAAAUCAGAGACUUUGUAUGUUAUGCUUUUAUAUUUCAGGUGAAACAGGAAUGACGUACUGGAUUCAGAUUUUACACAAUAUCAUUGUUUUAUUAUUAAAAAUAACAAUUUCAGCAACA